AUGGAGCUUCUCACCAAAUUCAAAGAUUUCAGACAGAGGAACUCAUCCUCAAAGUCAAAGUCAGGACGGAAAGUGUUCGCCCACUACAUGGUAGGUAUAACCUGCCACCAAUCGUUGGGACAGUGGCACCAUGAUAUCAUGAUGGCUAAAGACGCCGGCAUUGAUGGGUUUGCGCUAAAUGUUGGCCCUUCUGACCAUUGGACCAACACACAACUGAGGCAGGCAUAUCUUGCAGCUGACCAGGCACAAGAUUUUGUUCUGUUUAUUUCAUUUGAUAUGGCCGCCGGCCAAUGGCCAGUCUUUCAGGUGGUUGACUUGAUCAACGAGUACAAGUCGUUCACUGCACAGAUGACCGUCGAUGGACUGCCAUUGGUAUCAACAUUUGAAGGCCCGGGAUGGGGCGAGAACUGGAGUACAGUUCGCAACCAGACUGGCGGUAUUUUCCUCAUUCCAGACUGGUCUAGUCUAGGGCCGUAUGGAGUUGGCCAGAAGUUGAAUACUAUCGACGGGGCAUUCUCCUGGGAUGCGUGGCCAAAGGCUGGCCACAGCAAGGUUUCAGUGACGGAGGACUUGAUAUAUAAGAGUCAACUAAACGGCAAAAAGUAUAUGAUGGGGGUCAGCCCCUACUUCUACACCAAUCUGCCCCAAUGGAGCAAGAAUUGGUAUUGCCCCAGCCACUCUCUGUGGUAUGACCGGUGGCAGCAGGUUUUGGAAAUAAUGCCGGACUUUGUUCAAAUCAUCACUUGGAACGACUAUGGUGAGUCAAGCUACAUCUGCGACACUGUGGCGGAUCAACUCGUUAGGGGGGCGGACAAAUAUGUCACGGGCUACUCGCAUUCGGCAUUUAGAGCUGUUUUGCCCUUCUUCAUCGCCGCAUACAAAGCUGGGUCGUCCAGAUUUGAUUUUCAGGGAGGCGACGUCGCAAUUGCUUGGUAUCGCACGACCCCUGCCAAGGCUGGAGCUGACGGAGGCACCUGCUGGGGACAAGGCGGCACGGAUUCGGCCGCAAACGGGGCAAAGGACGUGGUUUCAAUCAUGGCAGCUACCAAAGGCACAACUUCCGUCACAGUUGCCAUCGGAGGUCGUAAAACUACCUUCGAGACUAAGAGCGAAAUAGGGGUCUCGUAUUUUGAGAUGCCGUUCGACUGCCAAACACUGGGCCCUGUAACGAUCACGCUGAAUGGAAAAACGACAGAGGGCCCGCCAAUCACGAACGAAUGCCACGAGGGUCAAGUCAAUUUCAACGCGGUUGUAAUUCAAGCCUGCGCGUAA